AUGUCUCUGCUCUCUCGACUGUACUUGACUCGUUCUGUCGGGGUCGAGCGUGCACUACGCCCCCCUGUCAUAUGCACAUCUCGUCGGUAUUCUCAAAACGGCGAGGGGAAUCACCUCACCCGGGAUCGGCACAGGGAUGGGCAUCACGGUAACACCCCUACGUCCGAUGGACAAGGUGAACACGACGAGGGACACCUGUCAAGCGGGGACGAGAGCAUAAGCUUGCAGAAGUCCUCAUCCUCUACGCGAGCACGGGCACCUGAGACGGAAAGACAAACGGAGAACGCGGACGAGGCACUUUCUCCCCAUGAAUGCCUCAAACGGCUGUGGUACACGCGCGAUCGCAUAGCGUUCGCUCUCGGGUUCGAGGGCUCGAACUGGUCGGAGAUGAAGCACGAGAUGGAAAAGCAACCCGACUUCGACUGGCCAAGAUAUGCGCACAAGUCGCUGGCCCGGUGGCAAGUCCCGCUCGAGGAGUUCCGCCACAUCUUGAGCAUGCCGGACGACUUUGACGAUCCUGCCGACAUCGAUAGGCUACCUGCACUUGUAAAGUUCAGUUGUCGCCGGGAAAAAUAG